GGGUACCUUACUGUAGCAAAGCAAUGUCUCCAAAGAGAUGCCUUGUAGUCCUUGUGCUCUCAGCCAUAGUCUCAGGAGUGCGGUUAACUGAGAGCUCACCUGACAGCAAUGGCCAACAGAACCAGGACUACGCUAUCGAUAAGUUCUUCAAUACCACUGAGGAAAUCUGGGUUUUUAACACUACUCAGCCGAAUGCACGGAUGUGCCGAAAGGACGUCAACCACAAUAUGACUUCAAACACCACAUUCUUUCAGAGGUCCUAUCUAGAGAAUGGGACAAACAUAACAGAAGAACUGAAAGGAACUUUUGACUAUCAUCGUCAAGAUCAAAACAAAGUCUACGACACAAUUCAUGUUUAUGGCGAUAGUACUGGAGUAUACCAGGAAAUAUUAGAAUAUGCCAGCCAGGACUUCACGUGCGGCGUCGUUAAAGUGUUGGCCUUCAAAAAAGGAGACGCUUUCACUACGGUCUGGAGAGAUCUGCGUGUGAGAAAUCGCCCGGAUAACGCUACAGGUAUUGAAGAGGAAUGCAAGAAACAGUUUGAAGAAUCUAUGAAGUGGACUAAGAGAAACUGGACAUCUCCAUACGACGCUACAUGCCAAUGAGAAUUGCAGACACGCCUACUUUCUGUUAUGCUUGCCUGUUCUUGGCCUUAUUAUUACUCUUAUAAUAAAGCAUGCGAAAUUCACAGUCAA